AUGGCGGAAACAAAACAAAAUCGACAUUUUAAUUCAAUUAAAAUUGGGGAAUUAUUAUCGAUUUCCACAAGACCAGAACUAGGUCCGACAGAUAUAUUAUAUGAAUAUCAACAAUAUCUUGAGGGAUAUUUUACUAAAACAUUAUCAGUGAGAAAAGAAAAACCUAAAUAUAUUGUAUGUGAUGAAAGGUCAAAAUUGUUGUUAGAGUUGACUGUUGGUACUGAGUUACAAAAUCCAAAGUAUUCAAUAGAAGAUAUAUUAUUACCAUCAGAAGUAAAUAAUUAUAGAAGAGAUGUCACAAACUUUAUUUUUUUAGCAAGUGAUAUUGAAGGAUAUAAACAAAUAGCAGAAGCAAUGAAAAAGAUUCGAUCUAAUAAUCAAAGUGAACUUAAUGAUGAUAGUUUAAUUGAGAAUUUUACAAUAUUACGUCCAUUUGGUACUGAGAUGUGGGAUAUAGAAAUGAUUAAUUUUUGUGAUAUGACACGAUGUAAAAUAGAAAGAUUACCUAUUAUUCUUCCACUUAUUCAAGAAGAUGUUUUAUCAAUGCAAAUUGAUGAUGCAUUUGUUAGAAUUUAUUCAAAUUUUGAUUUAGGAAUUUUACAAUUAUGUGCUGAAGGAAUAAAUGAUCUUCAAAAAGUUAUUGGUAGAUUUCCAAGAAUUCAUUCAUUAGGAAAAUUAUCAAGAAAACUUAAUAUAAUGAUAUCAAAUCCUAUAGGUGAAACAGGAGUAUCAACAAGAUUUAGUGAUGU